AUGUCGUUGCCCAACGGACCGCCGCCCCCACCAUUGCCAAACGAGGCUCCUCGCCAAGCCGCUCUCUCUCCACCCCGCCUCAGCCCAUCUGUUGCCUCUGGACCUCCACCCGUGCGACUGUCCAAUCACUACAUUCGCCGUCUCACUUCUUCACCGAAGAGCUGCUUCGUUUGCUCUCGUCCGUCGCCCAUCGUCCUUGUGUCAAACUCGGCUGCAGCGGAAGACUUCUUCUACGUCUGCGCAUCCCACUUGACAGAUAGACACUUCGCUACCUUGAUUCAGAAAGACAGCGCAGCUACAGGCGCAUCAGGGGGUGUAAGGUUGCCCGAAAAGGUCGCGCAAGAGGACAUUGACAAGGUCAAACGGGAGUGGGAGGAAAGACAAAAGGCGAAGAAGGAGAAGAAGGAGAAGGAGAAGGAGAAGGUGGACGGCAAAGAUGACAAGGACAGCAAGGACAAGAAGGAAGAUUCGCAAGGCUGGCUGUCGUACCUUGCCUCUUCGAUCUCCUCGGCUACUGCUGCGACAUCAGACAAGUCUGCUUCACCUAGUCGAUCAGGGAGUCCUGCACCAGCUCCUUCUGUGGCUGUCCCCAAGGGUCAUGAAGAGUACACUCUGCAUCGGUCCUUCUACGCAAUGAGGGUCGACUCUUACAACAAGAAGACUGCCCUGCGUCGAGCCAAGGAGCUCAACUUCCCGAGCGUACCCAAGCAGUAG